GAUGCAAUUUUUGACGUUUCUUACAGAGCAAAAUCUCCUGGAUGCGUGUGGCAUCGUGGCAGAAUAAAUCGGCCUUUCGAAAAUAUUUAAUGAAAUUUUGAUCCAUUUAUUGCAUCAUAACAUAAACGCGAAUUGUGAAGUGUACAAUGUCCGACAUAGAUCCACAACCAGUGGCUGGCGACGAGGCUAACGAACCGCCGAAGAGUGCAAAACAAUUGGAGAAAGAGGCGAAAAAGGCUGCGAAAUUACAAAAACUUCAACAAAAAAUUGAAAAGAAGUCAACAGCUGUACCGUCCGCAAAAGACAAGGCUGAGAAAAAACCACCAAAAGAGUCCAAGGAAGCGGCAGUUUAUACAGCAGACACCAGUCCAGGCGAAAAGAAAGACAUUUCGGGGCCAUUACCAGAUGCGUACAGUCCAAAGUAUGUUGAAGCUGCCUGGUAUGGAUGGUGGGAAAAGCAAGGUUUCUUCCGACCAGAAUACGGUCGUGAGUCCAUUCUUCAACCGAAUCCGAAGGGAACGUUUGUUAUUGUCAUUCCACCGCCCAAUGUGACUGGCUCUUUGCAUUUGGGACACGCACUGACCAAUGCCAUCGAAGAUGCUAUUGUUCGUUGGAAUCGAAUGAAAGGCAAGACCACAUUGUGGGUGCCAGGAUGUGAUCAUGCUGGCAUUGCCACACAGGUUGUUGUGGAGAAGAAAUUAUGGCGAGAAGAGAAAAAGACGCGACACGACCUAGGUCGUGAGAAAUUCAUCGAAAAAGUCUGGGACUGGCGGAAUCAGAAAGGAGUUCGAAUCUACGAUCAGCUGCGAGCAAUUGGUUCGUCAUACGACUGGACUCGUACCAGAUUCACCAUGGAUCCGAUGUUGUGUCGAGCCGUAACCGAAGCAUUUGUGCGACUCCAUGAGGAUGGCAGCAUUUAUCGGAGUUCACGACUUGUCAAUUGGUCGUGCACUCUGCGGUCGGCGAUAUCGGACAUUGAAGUUGAUAAAAUUGAGAUUCCCGGCCGAACGUUCUUAUCGAUUCCCGGUUAUGAGGAGAAAGUAGAGUUCGGCGUCCUAGUGACAUUUGCGUACAAGGUUGAGGGCUGUGACGAAGAAAUCGUUGUUGCUACGACUCGAAUUGAAACAAUGCUUGGCGAUACUGCGAUUGCUGUGCACCCGAAUGAUUCACGGUACACUCACUUGCACGGCAAAUACGUCGUUCAUCCGUUCGCCGAUCGAAAGAUUCCGAUCGUUUGCGACGAUUUUGUUGACAUGGAAUUCGGUACUGGCGCCGUGAAAAUUACUCCGGCCCACGAUCAAAGCGAUUACGAAGUCGGUAAACGGCACAAUCUACCGUUCAUCAACAUAUUCAACGAUGACGGAUUCAUCAUCGGUGAUUACGGCCAAUUCACCGGAAUGAAACGUUUUGAGUGCAGGAAGUCGAUUUUGGUGGCACUGAAAGAGAAAGGACUCUACAAGGACACAAUCAACAAUCCGAUGGUCGUACCGUUCUGCAGUCGGUCCAAGGAUGUCGUUGAACCGAUCAUCAAACCGCAGUGGUACGUGAAAUGCGAUGACAUGGCUGCCGCGGCUGUUGAGGCUGUUCGCUCUGGCGAAUUGAAAAUUAUACCCGAAAUGCAUGUGAAAACAUGGAAUCACUGGAUGGAAGGCAUCAGAGACUGGUGUGUGUCGAGACAAUUGUGGUGGGGGCAUCGCAUUCCUGCAUACUUCGUUACAUUUACCGAUCCAACAAUUCCGUCGGGUUCGUCGGACAACGACGAAUAUUGGAUCGUUGGACGAACCGAAGCAGAAGCUAGACAGAAGGCCGCUAAGAAAUUCAAUGUUGACGAGAAAUUGGUUGUACUGACGCAAGAUGCUGAUGUACUGGACACUUGGUUCAGUUCGGGAUUGUUCCCGUUCUCUGUAAUGGGUUGGCCGGAUGCAACCGAUGACAUGAAAGCCCUAUAUCCGACCUCACUUUUGGAAACUGGUCACGACAUUCUGUUCUUCUGGGUGGCAAGAAUGGUCUUUUUCAGCCAAAAGCUGCUGGGAAAACUACCGUUCAAGGAGGUGUUUUUACAUCCAAUGGUUCGUGAUGCUCAUGGCAGGAAAAUGUCGAAAUCGUUGGGCAACGUCAUCGAUCCAAUGGAUGUUAUUUCGGGCAUUGUGUUAGAGGAGCUGCACAAACAACUCUACGAUUCCAAUCUGGAUCCGAAGGAGAUUGAACGAGCUAUUGCCGGACAAAAGCAAGAUUAUCCGAACGGAAUACCGGAAUGUGGAACGGAUGCAAUGAGAUUCGCCCUAUGUUCGUAUAAUACUCAAGGCAGGGACAUCAAUUUGGAUAUUUUGCGCGUGCAAGGCUACCGAUUCUUUUGCAAUAAGAUCUGGAACGCAACGAAAUUCGCUCUGUUGUACUUUGUGGACGACCACAAGUAUGCGGUGACUAAGGAGCUGACCGGUACCGAAAGCAAUAUGGAUUUAUGGAUCUUGUCUCGUCUGGCUGGAGCCAUCGACAGUUGCAACAAUGGAUUCGAAAUCUACGAUUUUACGAUUCCAACAAGUGCCUGUUACAGCUUUUGGCUGUACGAUCUGUGCGACGUUUACUUGGAAUGUCUGAAACCCGUUUUCCAAUCCGGCACCGAUGCGGCCAAGGCAACAGCUCGACAAACUUUAUUCACUUGCUUGUACAAUGGAUUGAAGCUAAUUUCGCCAUUCAUGCCGUUCAUCACCGAAGAAUUAUUCCAGCGUUUACCCAGAACCGAUACGAACGUUUUGAGUAUUUGUGUGAGCGAUUAUCCAGAACUAUCGACCUCCCCGUGGAAAAAUGACUCGCUCGAAAAGGAGGUAGAAUUCGUACAGAAAGCCGCUAAGGUCAUCCGAUCGGCCCGAAGUGAUUACAACAUCCCGAAUAAGAUAAAAACCGAAGCCUAUGUCGUCUGCCAGGACACGACCAGUAGAGAAAUAUUGCAGAAAUUCGCAUCGGAUCUGUCGACCACAGCGUUCUGUUCGAAAAUGGACUUCGACACAUCGCCGCCAGCCGGAUGCGCCAUUUUGACCGUGUCGGGACAGUGCGAAAUACAUUUGAUGUUGAAGGGAUUGAUCGAAAUCGACAAGGAAUUGGGUAAAUUGCAAAAGAAGAAGGAACAACUGGAGGUGACGAUAAAUAAAUUGGAUCAGUCGAUGGCGGCUGCUGAUUAUGCUACUAAGGUUCCCAUUGACAUACAGGAGAGUAAUACGGAAAAGUUGAGUCAGGCUAAAAGUGAAAUCGAACGCAUCAUCAGUGCUAUGGAGACGUUGAAGGUGAUGUAAACGAGCCGAUCAUUUUCUGUCAGGCCUCGCAUUCUCUAGCUUUUUUUGAAUUUAUUGCGCUUUUGUUUACUAAGUGCGUCUCUGAGUGCAGCAUUUAUAUCAAUAAAAGCAAUAAAAGGAAUGAAA